AUGCUUACGAUCGUGGCACUCGUACUUCGCACUCACCCGGUUGUUGAGGUUCUGGAGCAAAGCACCCAUGCUAUUUCCGAUUUCUUAGGACCACCACCAAGUCUCAUGCUCAGUGAAGCGUGCCAGUUUGGAUCGAUACGGCUACUGAACUGGAUUUGGAGUACAUGCUGCACGACAUCCUCUACAAGGAGAUCUGGAUGGUCUCUCAGUAAUUACUUACGAUCAGACUCAAACUACCACAACUGGCAGUUCUCCAAGUCGCUGGAAGUAGCUGCUGGCAGAGGAGAUUUACCGAUGGUUAAGUGGCUUUUAGCGCAUUUUUCGGGUUGUGAAGCCCCCGAAAGUGUCUGUAGUACAGCGCAAGAAAAGGGAUAUGUACAUAUCCUUUGGUUUCUAUGGAAGCACCAAUCCAAUUGUCGAGGUUAUGAUAGCAAAAGUUCGACGUGCGACAGUGCACAUUUUGGUGAAGCGGACGUGAAGCGAGAGUGUACGAUUAAGUUUACGCGAUCUAUGUGGAGUCUUGAAAUGAUUCAAAAAGCUAUCGAGAAUGGGCAAUUUGUGGAGUGUGUGAACGAAGGUAUGUAUGUCGACGAUGGCGUUCGAGAGGCUGCUAUCAAACACGCUUUAACACUCGGGAAAUUUGACCUCGCACAGCAACUGUUGCCUAGAGGCAGGUGUAUGUUGGACUAUGCUGCCGGUUGUCCAAAUAUCGAAGUGAUCGAGUGGAUGUUUGCUUGCGGAUAUUUGCGACGUGAUGGAAAUCUCGCAGCGUCAACGAUACCGGUUAUAACUUCCAGUGGACGUCUAGAGCUUGCAGAAAUGAUUAUCAAGUUACAUUCUCCACUUCCUGAGAGUCAUGAGUAUUGGACGAAAGCAUGGAGUGGAAGUCUGAAAUCUGCGUGUAGUGCCGGAAGCUUGAAAUUUCUGCAAUGGCUUAUGGAUCACCCUCUUGGAGAAGAAGCACGCGAGAUCAUGAGAAGUAAUAAAAGGAAGAAUGGCUUACUGUGUGUAGCAGCUGAAAAUGGGAGUGUUGAUAUUAUGGACUAUCUCUACGAUAAUGGACUGGCCGAAGAUUAUGAUGAAGUCAUGAAGAUUGCAAUCACGGAAGGCCAGACUAGCGCCGCGAAGUGGUUAAUCCACCAUCAUUCAUUUGAUGCGAAGUCCAAAAGGUACAUUCGAGCGAUUUGCCGCUCUGUAGAAAAUGGAUACCCAGAGCUUUUGAGUUUUUUCCAUGAGCUCGAUUCGGUGACGUCUGUUGGCAACGCAGACACCAAGCGUAGACGGAUUGAUCAUCCUGAUUCAUGGUGGUCAUGCACGACUGAUCCAAUUUACUGGGCAGCGAAACGGGGCCAAAUUGCCGUACUUGAAUGGUUCCAUUCAAAUCGCCCCCAAAACUGUGAUCUUUACGCAAUGGAAGUUGCAGCGCGCCAAGGCCGCUUGGAAACGGUGAAGUGGCUGCACGUUAACCGCUCGGAGGGCUGUUCAAAGAGGGCGAUAAAUGGCGCUGCCGAAAACGGCCACCUCGAUGUUGUGCAAUGA